GCAUAUUUUGCGAAUAGAAUGCCUUUUGAGGCCGUGUGGUUUCAAUGCCGAGCACUUGUGAGCAUUACCUGUUUGAUUAAAAGCCUCUGAGAAUCUAAUACCAACAUCAUACACCAACUAUGCCCUGUCCAACCCCCAUAUCCCUCUUCUUCCUCCUCCGGCACCACCGCACGUCCUCCCUCCUCCUCUUGCUCUCUCCCCGCUCCACUUCCACCCUCGCCCACAACCGUCAUCCGUGUCCUCCCUCCUCCUCCGACGACGUCGAUCUCCUCCGAAAACAGGAAGAGCAGCGGCAAGCUCUCCAGAACCCGUAUGAUCUGAUGAAGGAAGAUCCCAUUCAGGUGUGCUCCGACCUAUGGGUGCGCUGCUUUGGCCGUCCCGCCGACGCCCCGCCGCUUCCUAACCUCACCGGAUUCCUCAAAAAGUUCGACCUCUGGGUCCUCGCCUACCAGCGCGCCUGCGCCCACCACACCGGCUCCUUCCCCCCUCGGGGUGCCAUCCACCUCCCCCACCUCCGCUCCCUCCUCGCUCUCCAGGUCUCCGUCCUCGCCUCCCCCCGCCGCCCCCACCCCUGGGGCGCCUCCACCCACCUCCUCCUCCGCUCCCCCGUCGACCCACCUUCCACCCGCCCGAUCUCCCGCCGCAAGUUUCAGGCCCUCCUCGACGCCGCCCCGCCCCCCUUCCAGGACCGCGUACUCCAGGAGCUCUUGCUCCUUCUCCUCGAGCCUGCGUUUGAGCCCCGCUUCUCCCCCAAGUCCCACGCCUUCCGCCCCGGCCGCAGCCCCCACACUGUCCUCCGCACAUUACGCUCCCACUUCGCCGGCUACCUAUGGUUCCUCAAAGCCGACCUUUCCAGCGUUGCGGACGGCCUCGGAACUGAUGUCAUCCUGCGCUGCGUCGAGAGGGGCGUGUCGGACCGCAAAGUCCUCAGCUUGAUUAAAUCUGCGCUGAGGACGCCCGUCAAGGCAGGGUCUCUGCCACGGGAUCAGGAAGUGGACCGGUUGACCAAGAAGCGGAUGAAGCGGAAGAUGCUGAGGAAGAGAAGGAAGAAGAAGGUUCUGAACGAGAAUGAACCUAAACCGGACCCUUACUGGUUGCGCACGUUCUUCGGUUUCGCUCCACGGGAAGCCACCUGGGUUCCAAAUUACGGCCACUGCGGGAUCCUGAGCCCUCUGCUUGCUAAUAUCUGUCUUAGUGAACUGGACUACUGGAUGGAAGAGAGGAUCGCUAAAUAUUUCCGUGCAUCCAAGCUCGACUCCAUUUGGAAGGAGUCUAUCAACGAUGGUUCUCAUAACCCCGCCUGGCCUGAAUUUGUUCCGUCGAGUGGGAAUGAGAAGACCAGGAAGAUGGACUAUAUUCGUUAUGGGUCUCACAUAUUGAUUGGAAUUCGAGGACCGAGAGAGGAUGCAGUGGAAUUGAGGAAGGCUCUGAUUGAAUUCUGCGAGAUCACUUAUGGGUUGAGGUUAGAGAAUUCAGAGACAGAGAUUGAGCACAUUACUAGGGGGAUUGAGUUCUUGGAUCAUGUGAUUUGUCGGAGGGUGAUACACCCUACGUUGCGGUAUACGGCCACAGGUGGAAAUAUCAUAAGCCAGAAAGGUGUUGGCACACUGCUCUCCAUCACUGCAAGCAUGCAACAGUGCAUCAGAAAGUUUAGACGACUUGAGCUUGUCAAGGGGGAUAAGGAUCCUGAGCCAUUGCCCUGCACGCCAAUGCUGUAUUCUGGUCAGGCACACACCAACUCUCAGAUGAACAAGUUCCUUGAGACAAUGGCGGAUUGGUACAAAUAUGCAGACAACCGAAAGAAGGUUGUUGGGUUUUGUGGUUAUGUCAUUAGGAGUUCCUUGGCUAAACUGUAUGCUGCAAGGUAUAGACUGAAGUCUCGUGCCAAGGUUUACAAGAUUGCUUCACGUGAUCUAAGCCAUCCACUGAGAGAGAGCUCAAGGAAUGAUGCACCAGAGUUUUCUGAUCUUCUGAGGAUGGGCCUUGUUGAUGCCAUUGAUGGUAUUCAGUUCUCUCAUAUGUCACUGAUACCAUCAUGCGAUUACAUACCAUUCCCAAGGAACUGGGUACCUGAUCAUGAGCUGGUAUUGCGUGAAUAUAUUAAGUUGCAAGAUCCAAAGUUCUUUUGUGAAUUGCACAAGUCAAUAAAGCAGCAAGAAUUAAGUUCACCACAAGAUGAUAUUUCUAAGGUUGUUUGGGAUUACAAGGUUUUUGGAGUUUGGAGCAAAUCACAAAGAACCACGAAAGAACAAGGGAAGUUGGAGGAGGGUGCCAAUGCUUGUAGAGUUUCUUGUGCAGGAUGAGAUUGUACCAAGCAGUAAAGUGUUGUAUCAUUUCUAGAUCUCCUUUCAGAUGGAACAUCUUUGAUCAUUCACUUCUUGAAGAUGUAAAAAUCUGAGAGUGGUUAGGUUAACAAUGAUAGCAGCGAACUGGACAGCACCUUAGAGAU